AUGUUCAACGAAAUCUUUUCCCGGGGAACAUUUCCAGACUAAUGGAAAAUCUCGCUGGUUAUACUCAUACCUAAGCCUGGCAAUAAGGCUCAGGCUGGCUUCAGGCCUUUCAGGAGCUGCGACGACAACCUAGCCGCUCUUACAACAGCAAUCAGAACUGGCUUCUACGAACAUUCCGUCACGGUCGCGGCCUUUUUGGACAUUACAAGUGCGUUUGACAACGUGGAUCCGUAUAUUCUCUUGGAGGAUCUGAGAGAUAUAGGAGUUCCAGUUCUCUUCAGGAAAUUUGUGGAGAACCUGAUUAGCAUCAGAACCAUGUUUUUUGUAGUCGACGGUGAAUCUCAAGGACCUUAUAUGGCAUACAAAGGCAUCCCACAAGGUUCGACUCUGAGCCCUCUGCUAUUUGAUAUCUAUCUCAGGAAUUUGGGCCAGCAUUUGCAUCCUGACACUCGAUUUCUGCAAUACGCCGAUGACGUGGUGCUCUACUCCACACAUAGGGACCCGAGGAUUGCUGCUGAGUCGAUUCAGGUUUCACUCAACAAACUGUACGAAUAUCUUAAAUAUAGAAAUCUGGAAUUAUCCCCGGGCAAGUCUAGCUGGAUUUGCUUUUCACAAGGACCCGGAAAAAAAACUUCAUCAAAAUUAGUAAUUAAUGAGAAUCAGGUACCUAGAGUUCAUUUUCAGCGCUUCUUGGGGGUUAUUCUGGAUUCCAGCCUUAAGGGUGGCCACCAUCUUAAAUACCUCAUUGAAAAAGGCAAAAAAAUCUCUCGCAUCAUGGCUACCUUGUCGGGUGUUAUCUGGGGCUCCCAUCCGGGUCUUCUGCUCACUCUGUAUAGAUCCACCUUUCGCAGUGCGGUUGAAUAUGGGUGUCGCUAUUUUACUUGGUCCUCUUCUUCGCCGAAUUAUCUCAAACUGGUGCGUUUGCAGUAUAGAGUGAUUAGGGGAGCUAUGGGAUAUCGCAUUUCUACGCCGAUCAAUGUUAUGUUAGCUGAAGCAAAAGAAAUCAGCUUUGACAUUAGGCUCAAUCUAAAUACUUCAAGAUUCAUUUACAAGGCCAUGGCAAGUAGGUUCAGCUUGGUCUACCGUUCCCUGGAGGAGAUGGAGAUAGCGGUUACCAGAAGGAACUGUAGGAUCGACGCCAUCAGCAAAUCCAGAUUAUUCAAGCAUUAUGUAACUAGUCGUGGAGAAAAGAGCAUUAUCCAUCGAUCCACCUACCCACCCGCUUUCUGGCACUCCUACGAGGUCCUUACUCUACAAAUAAAUUACAUCAACGACUUAAAGGGCUGUAACAAGAAGGAUAACCCUAGCCUGACUAAGGCGGAUUUCUAUCACAAAUCCUUUAAUUACAGACAAAACGCCGUCUCCUGGUACACUGACGGAUCAAAGAAUCUAGACGGCGUGAUGGGAGCAGCGGUUUUCACGCCUGACAUGGAGGGAACAGUAAAGCAUAAAUUACCCCCUGAAACUUCAGUUUUUUCGGCGGAACUAUGGGCCAUCCUCCAAGCCAUCCAGCUAAUCGGAGAUCUUAACACUAAGAAGAACGUCAUCUUUUCAGAUUCCGAAAGUGCAUUGGAGGCACUCAGCAACGAAUCUGCAGAUGCUGCGGCCAAACAAGCAGCCAUAGAGGGAUACAAACCCCCCUUCAAGAUUCCUUAUGAGGACCUUCUCACGGAAUCUACCGAACAAGCAAAAAGACAAUCCGAAGAAAGCAUGAAGAUCAUUUCCAAAUCCAAAGGCACUCUGUACUAUGAAAAUUUUUAUAACGCUUCAUCUAAUAAAACAUGGUUCCAUGGAGCCAACUUAUCAAGAAACGAAAUUGUAAUGAUUAACCGUCUGAGGUCAAAUCAUAUAAACGUCAACGAAAGCCUCCAUAGGGUCAACAUGGUGGAGUCUCCUGCAUGUCCCUGUGGUGAUCCCCGACAAUCAAUCAAUCACCUCAUAUUUCAUUGCGAAACCCUCAAUUCUAAUUCAUCUCCUAUAAGAAAUUACAUAGCGCAGAAAUUCCCUGAUCCUUCCCCGAACCUCCUCCCGGCCCUUCGUUCCCCUUCUCCCAAACUAUGUCGCCUGCUCUUGGCAUUCAUGAAGGCCAACGAGCUUUUCUUUUAG